AUGGCGUUGGCAGAAUUUUAUGAAGUAAAAGACGGUCAUGUAAUUUUUAACGACUUUCCAGUUCAACUGUGUAAGUAUUACACCACUUAUUGUGAAGACCAGGGUGCAGAGUACUGGGAUUACGAAGUUUACAAGGUUGACUGGUAUACCCCGGACGGCAUCGAGCUGAUAAACAAAAUUGGCCGCGGGAAAUACAGUGACGUCUUCGACGGUGUGAUGAAACGAGUGGACAGCGAAGAAGAAGAUCCAGUCAUCGUAAAAAUUUUGAAGCCCGUUCGAAAGAAGAAGAUAAAAAGAGAAAUUUCGAUUUUGAACCAUUUGCAAGGAUGUCCAAACAUAAUUGAGUUUAUCACUGCGAUCAAAGACCCAGAUAGCAAAGUCAUGAGUCUAGUAACUGAAAAGGUAAACACGUGGGAUUUCAGAUUGUUGUUUUCGACAUUUACCGCUACGGACCUCAAGAUAUACCUCUUCAACCUGCUGAUUGCGCUGGAUAUGGCAAACUCAAGAGGAAUUAUGCAUCGCGACAUAAAGCCCCACAACAUCAUGUACGACAAGGCAAACAAGAAGUUGCGUCUAAUAGACUGGGGUUUGGCUGAAUACUAUUUAGAGGGCAAGUUCUACAAUGUUCGAGUCGCUUCCCGGUUCUACAAAGCUCCGGAAUUGUUGACCUACCUGUACGUGUACGAUUACAACAUCGACAUGUGGUCUGUUGGCUGCAUAUUGGCGGCUCUCAUGUUCAGGCGCGACCCGUUUUUUAAAGGUGCUGAUAAUGUGGACCAACUUGUGAAAAUAGUCGAAGUACUCGGCACUGAUGAGUUUUUGAAAUACAUCAAGAAGUACGGGCUCAAUACUCCAUUCGACGAAAAUUCUAAAGAAAUUCUGAACAAGCCCCGAAUCCCCUGGAAAGAGUUUAUCGACUCGGACGACCAGCGCUUCCUCAGUAACGAUGCAUUCGACCUACUAGACAAACUCUUGGUGUUCGAUCACACAGAACGCAUCACGGCAAAGGACGCGUUGUAUCAUCCAUAUUUCGAUGAGGUACGCGUUAAGUGCAUAGCUAGUCUUUGGAAAGAGUACGGCGAGAUUAUCAUUAACACUUAUUCUGAUAUACUUUAA